GGGGAAGGAGGCAUUUUCCAGUUUAAAUUAACUUCAUUAAGCCAAUUUCUCUCUUUGUACAGCUCCAGAUCCAUUUCUACCCGUUAAUAAAUUAAGCUUAUACAAUCUCUCACGUGAACCUGACCUACAAGACAGUUUGAACUAGAUCCAAUUCUGAGCAAUUAUUCUAAUCGAGAAUUACCAAACAAACCAUCAAAUCUGAAUAUUGUGACUCUCGUUCUGUGUGAUUCUGCUUUAUGGAAAUUUGCAAUCGCAAGUGUUUUAACUAAUUAUUCGUUGUUCCCGACCACACAUGAACCUGAAAUACUUGAUUCACUAAUAAAUUGCAAUAUCAGUUAUUAUAUUUUGUGACGUUUGCAAAAAUGACGACAUCGAAGAGUUAGAUCACAAUAAUUGCAUAGUUAGUUUGCAUCAUACGAUUAGCUGUGGUUACUACUUGUAAAUGUGUAAGUAUAAAGGACACCUUGAACGAACACUAUUAGAAAAUUGGCGGCUGCGUCGUUAACAAUGAACGUAAUUUAAAAUUGACAUUUAUUCGAUACUUGUAAAUAAUUACCUGUAUCCAAAUAAUACGACAAAGCAACAACAAUAACGUCGUCGCUGCUAUUUUAUGUAUUCUCAUCGCGCUAUGGUAAGGCUGGUGUUGAGGCAUAUUUUGAAUUUACGUCAUUCAAAGUAUUAGUGUUUUCGUGUAAACUACCACGUAAUCGAACCAGUUGUUGCGUUCGUGUAUCUUAACGUAGCUACAUAAUUUCGAAUUAUCUACUGCCUGCACUUCCACGAAGAAUAUUCAAGUUCAGUGAGCAAGCCCGUCCAGUCAGGUAUCUUGUUCUCUUGGUUGGUAUUUCCCAACCAAACGAGCUUUUCUUUCAUGCAACAAUCACCAUACAUACAUUAGUGAAAUAUGAAAUAUUGUCAGAACGGACAAACCAUAGUCCAUUCCAAACCGAAGGCAUUGUAUAUUUGGAUAAAUAAAUAAAAAGUUUGAGUUAUAAAUAAGCUGCUGCUGCAGUUUGAAUUUACCAGAGGACAGGUGUACAGCAAGUUUGUACGUGUAAUACAAAAAACUGAGACUUUUGAAUAUUCGUGCUAAUGCUAAUGACUUCUGUGGAAUCAUUAUUAAGUGGUUUGUAUGUGUGUGUGUUGUGUACUGAGAAUUUGCAUUCAAGAUAAUUCUAAUCCACUCGAAGAUCUUGCUGGAUCCGGAUCAAGAGCAACGUAUUGUUCUUUGUCAUUUCAGAUUUACGGAAGAUUUUUCCACAAUUGGUUGAUUUCUCGUUCCUGAUUGAUAGCACGAAUAAAUUUAUUUACACACACUUUACUUUUACAUUACACGGUGGUGUUCAAUCGAUAAAUGAAUAUCAAGUGAAAACAUAGUCCUUCUUCCAGCAUCAUCAGUUGCUGUUGCGAAUUGAUUAGCGAAUAAAGUCGAAGCUUAUUACGCUCCGUGAGACAGCAAUUGCAAUUCAGUUAUGCAGCAACAGCGUAUGAAAAGAGGAGAGUGAGAUUUGCAAGUCUGUGAACCUGCUUCGUCAUAAAAAUUCCUGCCGGUUCACUGGAGUUCUUUGUAGAUCUGAAAAUUUUGAUUCGAAAUUACCUAAUAUAGAGUUAGUGAUUAACUUCGAUACAAUUAAAAAAAUAGUGCAAAUAAAUUUGGUUUACUAGUGUCAAGCGUAAUAAGCCAUCAAAAUGAGAGUCACAAUCCAGUGGACAGUUGCUGCAGUUCUCUCAAUCGUCUCAAUUUUCCCAAUAAUCCAAUCCACCAUACAGUCAUACGCAGAUUUCCCAGAACGCCAUCCGUGUUAUCGUGAAUGUUCUUCUGAUCCUUUGAAGAGUAUGACUUGUGGAUACAACUUCACUCUGGAGUACUUUUGGGUCCUGAGUAAAGCAUGUUAUGAGUGUCCGAACAUUACUUCCGACUGCUCGAGAUUUGACUGCAUUCCUGCCGAUGGAGUUAAGCGUGCGAUUGCCGUUGUUAACAGAAUGAUGCCCGGACCUGCAAUACGGGUCUGCCAAGGGGACACCGUGGUUGUGGAUGUGAAAAACAAUCUGUACGGUGAGGGUACUGCCAUUCACUGGCACGGGAUUCACCAAAAGAAAACGCCAUGGAUGGACGGCGUACCAGGUACCACGCAAUGUCCCAUUCCGGCUGGAGGAAUUUUUCGGUAUGAGUUUGAAGUGCCUCUUGGUGGAUCAUAUUUUUGGCAUUCUCAUGCUGGCUUUCAACGAGGGGACGGGAUCUUCGGUUCACUAGUCGUUCGACAACCAAAGAAAAACAAUUCGCUAUACGAUUUUGACCUUCCAGAACAUGAAUUGCUGAUUUGGGACUGGUUGGCGGAUCUGUCACUUCCUGUAUUUCUUAGUCAUCAUCACGCCGACGGUGAUAACAAACCUCGUGGAGUAUUGAUCAACGGUCGGGGAUUUCCGCCUGGAUUUUUUAAGGAUUUUGGCGAUCAUGAGACCAUUAAAACAAAGGGAAAGCCGUAUGUUCCUCUUUACGAAGUGAGAGUAGAUCAAGGGAGCUCUUACAGGGUGAGACUGAUUAGCAAUGGCGUGUUAAACUGCCCCUUGGCGGUGUCCAUUGAAAACCAUACAAUGACGGUUAUAUCAUCGGAUGGCUUUGAUAUAGAGCCUGUGGAUGUCGACUCAAUAGUUGUUUACGCUGGGGAGAGGUGGGAUAUUGUCAUACGAGCUGACCAACCAAUUGGAACAUAUUGGAUCAAAUUCCAGGGCCUGAUGGACUGCGACGAUAGAUUUACGAGCGCAUAUCAACUGGCAGUGUUGAAUUACAACCCGGUUCCUAUUGGAACGGUCCCAUCACACAAUAUACGAAAUUGGCAUGAAGCCGCUCCAGAGAAAUAUGGCCUGCAAUUAAACCCUCUGAAUACUGCACCUGGAGUAGAAGGUCAAUACAUCACGGCUGCGGAGCUGAACAGCGCUCAAGAUGAUGAUCCAGAAAUUUUAACAAAAGAGAAAGCUGAUCAUCAAUUUUAUUUGUCUUACGAUUUCAAUCCCAUUGACAAUCUAAGAUUUCAUGGCCCACAUAUUCCCAUCCGAACUGUACGAAAGGGGUUUAAGUUGUAUACACCCCAGCUGAAUUACAUAUCACAUGUCAUGCCAGCCGUCCCCAUUUUGACACAGCCGGAAAGUAUGUCAGAAAUGCAAUUUUGCAAUGACAAGUCCAUGAAAGUGAACUGCACUGCAGAGUAUUGUGAAUGUGUGCAUUUGCUAAAAGUUGAGCUAAAUUCCAUUGUGGAAUUUGUAAUGGUAGACAGAGGCUAUACGUUUGACGCCAACCAUCCGUUCCAUUUACAUGGACAUGCAUUCAGAGUGGUGGCAAUGGAACGACUGAACAAAUCCACUGAGCCCCAUUUUAUUAAAAAUCGAGAUGAAGCCGGGUUAAUUCCUAGACAGACAUUGAAAGCCGUCAUAAAGGAUACUGUCACCGUUCCCGAUGGUGGAUACACAAUUUUCAGAUUUCGUGCGGAUAAUCCAGGGUUCUGGUUUUACCAUUGCCAUAUAACCUUUCAUGUGGAGGUUGGAAUGGGAUUAAUUCUUCAGGUUGGGAAUGUUUCUGAAAUGCUGUCAGCACCAAAGGAUUUUCCAAAAUGUGGUAAUUAUCUUCCGGAAGUAUCAAACCCACCCGUUUACUACCAGGAAAACACACACUCCAUAUCGCUGGAGAAUGGUUCCAAUCCUCACCAUCCAUCCUACGACAUUAUGACCACAACGGACAGCAGCUUACCUUCCAAGCACAGCAGCAAACCGAAACCCUCAAAGGGAAAAAGUUCCGCCUCUUUUAAUUUGCCAAACUUUUUAGCACUUGUAAUAAUAAUGGUAAAUUUUAUCACUUUCAUGACAUAAAACAGCGUAGAUAGAUUUCAUUUUUAUGUUUCUAAGCCCGAGGAAAUUGUACAUUAUUUGUUAAAAUUGUACAUUGCAUUGACGUUUAAGUUAAUUUAUUAAUUAAUGUGGCGUUAGUAGUUCUUAAUCAUUUGGUUACUGAGUCUCGAGAAAGGAAGUCUGUGAUGCAGCACUAGAAUGAAAUUAUAUGCGUGUAUGAAUGUCAUACAUAAUAUGUAAAUUCCACUAGGAUUUAGAUAAAUGCAUAAUAAUAUACAUAUAUAGGUUAUUUACACACCGGUAUUAGAAAUUAUGAGAAACUAUAACACAA